AUGAUGUGGAAAACUCUAACUGGAAUGUUAAUUAACCUAUACGGCAAAACUUGGAACGUAGGAUUGGGUGAAUUAUGUCUACCCCAAUUCUCGGAAAAUAAAAUAUUUAGAAUAAUAUGGAACUCUCCGACACAAAUAUGUAAGGACACCUUCGAUAUCUCUUUGAAUCUGCACAAAUACGGUAUAGAAGCUAAUCCGGAAGACAGAUGGUUCGGUUCUUUGAUCAAUAUAUUUUACGAUACAAAAUUUGGCGAAUGGCCUAUGAUAUUGCCUGUCGGCGGUCAUAGCGAAAAGAUGAUAAAUGGCGGCAUUCCGCAAAGGGCCAAUUUGAGUGUUCAUUUAGAAAGAGUGAGAAAAUCGGUGGAAGAGAUUAUUCCAGAUGUCAAUUUCAAGGGUUUUGGAGUUUUGGAUAUUCAGAGAUACAGAACCAGAUGGGAAGAUAUUCAAUGGCACCCAUAUAAUAUAUACAGGGAAGAAAUUCUUAAGUAUCACAAUGAAAAGGGGAAGGAUAAAAAUGUCUCCAUUGGGAUAAAUAAAAAUUUGGUAAAGGAAGAAUAUAAUUCAGCGACUCGGCAAUUUUUCGAGAGAACCUUGGAGCUUCUCACUCAGCUCAGACCCAAGGCAAAAUGGGGCUUCUACAGCUAUCCCAGAGGAUCCAGAAAAUGGAAUUCUCCUAACGAGGAUAAAAUUAUAACAAAUCAAACUAGAGAAUUAUCAUGGCUUUAUGAAGCCAGUAGCGCGCUUUACCCGAGUGUGUAUCCUAAUCGCCUAUCAUUACCUGACAUGACGGAACGAUUGUUGUACAAUCUUAAAGCAAUGCACGAGGCUUUAAAAGUGUCUAAUAACAGACAAAAGGGAGAAAUUCCGGUUUUCCCAUAUUCCCGAUAUCAUUACACCCAUGAAAAAUUUCCGUCUUUCGUCUCUCCCAACGAGUAUGGAAUACUUAUGAGAAUGGCGUUCGAUAUGGGAACCGAUGGAAUGAUCAUCUGGGAUUCCUCAGACAACAUCGGAAAUUGUUCAUUAGUUAAUAAAUACGUUAAGUCUGUAAUAGGACCUACAGCAAUGAAUAUCAUUAAAUACGCUAAAAGUUGUAGCGAUAUAAAUUGUAACGGUAAUGGUAAAUGUAUCUUAGAUCAUUUCUAUGAUAAUCGACAUUUGACGGAAGAACAAUUGAGACAAUAUAUUACCAGUUUAAAUGAUAAAAAUUAUUGGCAAAUUAGGAUUUAUUCUUCCCGUUAUAAAUGCCGCUGCAAAACCGCUUGGCGAGGGAAAAAUUGUGACGAAAAUAAUUAAAUUAUAAAAUGUA